AUGAAAUUUGUGUUACAACCCAAUUAUCCAAAGAAAUUGCCAACUGCGCUAAAUUUCAAACCAAUGGGCGCAUUUUUAUGGCUUGAAGGAUCACAGAUUUUAAUCAAUGGUAAUCAUUUUGCAACAUACGAUGAGAACUGGAAUCGUGUUACGUUACAGAAUGAUGUAAUAAAUUAUUUCGAUAAUUUCCCAACGAAACCAAUUCGAGGUAAAAUAACUUAG